GGCCUUUUUUCUGCCUUCUCACUGUUGCCUGGUGUCAACCUACACCCAGUAGACAUAUCCCUCCCUCUUCAACGACUGCUUCCAAUUUGCCUUCACUUUUCUUAUCACAAGCACUAUUGGCCUUUGCGCUGCCAGUCAGACGCCUCUACCGUAGCUGGAGUUUAGUAGCAACAGCUCGGAAACAUCUGGCUGCCGCAGCCCUUCUCUGUCCGCUCGCUCGGUCCGUCUUUCCUGCCACUGCAGGUUGUUAUGGACAUUUGUUGAAAGUCAAUCUAGUUAUUUUUCAGCCUCAAUAGGAUUUGACGAAGGACGCCGGAAGACAUUGGAGCUUGUUGUCUGUUAUGAAGACAUCAUGGAGUUCCCAGACCACAGCAGACAUUUGCUACAGUGUCUGAGUGAGCAGAGGCAUCAGGGUUUCCUUUGUGAUUCCACUGUGCUGGUCGGCGAUGCCCAGUUCCGGGCCCAUCGAGCAGUGCUGGCUUCAUGCAGCAUGUACUUCCAUCUCUUUUACAAGGACCAGCUGGACAAAAGGGACAUUGUUCAUCUGAACAGCGACAUUGUUACAGCCCCAGCGUUUGCUCUCUUGCUGGAGUUCAUGUACGAGGGGAAGCUCCAGUUCAAAGCCCUGCCCGUGGAGGAUGUGCUGGCUGCUGCCAGCUUCCUCCACAUGUACCACAUUGUCAAGGUCUGCAAGAAGAAGCUGAAGCACAAAGCCACUGCGGAGGCAGACAGCACCAAGAAGGAGGAGGACGCUUCCAGCUGCUCUGACAAACUAGAGAGCUUCUCCGAGGGCAGCACGGGCCAACCAGCCACAGCUGACCUAUUGCCCAGUGACGAUGAGGACCUGGAGUCCAAGCAGGACCCCAGUAGCCUGUGGAUAAGGCUACCCACUGACCGGGCAGGCACCCCGGCCACUGCCACCAGCCCAGGGGAAGAUGACGCCCAUGGCAGUCCCCCCAAGCUGCAAUCCCCAACUGGCAGCCCCAGCAGCUCUAUAGGCUCCCUGUCCCGGAGGUCUGUGGGCUCCCGUAGAGUGUCGUCGGAUGCAGACUGUGUCCUGGACUUGUCUGUGAAGUCCAGCCUGACUGGGCCCAGCGAGGCCUUGUCCAAUAACCCUUACUUCUGUGGUGUGGUGAUGCCAGAUAGCCUGCAGGGCACCCCGGUCCAGGUGAAGCAGGAGAAGAACACGGGCUCAGACCAUGAGGACCUGGUGAGUGGUGACUACGAGAUGGACCACAGCGGGCCCAAAGCCACCCCUCCCAGAACCAACGGAGGUCUGAACCACCACUUGGUCAGCAGCCAUGCUCACAGACGCCUGGAGGCCCACCUGUCAGCCCUGCGUGAUGCCACCCUGGCCAGUGAACUGGAGCGUGACGACAAGGUCAGCAAUAAUGACAUGCUGGGCGGAGAGAGUGAAAGGGCCCAGGUUGAGACGGCCAGCAUCGACAGCGCCCUGCUGCCCUACGUGUCCAAUAUGCUGAACUCCCCUCACACUCAGAUCUUCAUGUGCCCCCUGUGCAACAAGGUGUUUCCCAGUCCGCACAUCCUCCAGAUCCACCUCAGCACACACUUUCGCGAGCAGGAAGGCGUGCGCGCCAAGCCCGCCAGCGACAUCAACGUGCCCACCUGCUCCAUCUGCGGCAAGACGUUCUCCUGCAUGUACACCCUGAAGCGCCACGAGCGGACUCACUCUGGAGAGAAGCCAUACACGUGCACCACGUGCGGUAAGAGCUUCCAGUACUCUCACAACCUGAGCCGGCACGCUGUGGUGCACACCCGAGAGAAGCCGCACGCCUGCAAGUGGUGCGAGCGGCGCUUCACCCAGUCUGGGGACCUGUACCGCCACAUCCGCAAGUUCCACUGCGAACUGGUCAACUCGCUCUCUGUCAAGAGUGAAGGUCUCAACCUACCCACCCUCCACAGGGACUGGACCAUAGAGGAUAGUUCUCAAGAACUGUGGAAGUGAAGCCUGCUGAAAUAAUCAAGACUCCUUUGUUUUUAAGCUAAAUGAGUGAGGUGUCAGUGAAGGUUGGGCAGAGGUAAGGGAGUUGGAGCACGGGCUGUGGGUUGUGGGUAGGAGAGGGGUCUGAUUUAGUCAUGUUUCUUGUACGUACAUUACAAAAUCUGGUUAAAUGGCACUUUAAUAGAACAUGAAGAUGUUACUACUGUUUUCAGUUCCAGUCCUUUGUUCUGUUCUAAUCUUUUAUUUGUUCAGAUUUAGUUCAAUAUAAAAAAACAUGGGCGCUGGAAUCAACAGCCAGUUGUCAUGUUCUUGUGUAUAGAUACACUCCUUAAUCUAAGGCACACCUUCAACAACAACCAUAUGAAGUGUUCAGGUAACACACUGACGUUGAAGAUGAUUAGAAUACACUAAACGGGUACUGCUCAUCAAUUUAUACCAGUACACAUAUGUGUGUGUGUAUUAAUAUGUUUGUAUAUAGUGCACUAUAUUUUUAUUAUCAAAUUUCAUUGGUGUGUGUCUGUUUGUGUGUGUGUGUGUGUGUGUGUGUGUGUGUGUGUGUGUGUGUGUGUGUGUGUGUGUGUGUGUGUGUGUGUGUGUGUGUGUGUGUGUGUGUGUGUGUGUGUGUGUGUGUGUGUGUGUGUGUUUAAGGAAGCUGGGAAGAGGUCUGCUCUAACAAGCUUCUGCUCCUUAAGCUCUUGACUGAUGAAAGACAUAUGGCACUCAUGCAAUGUACAGCUUCCUUUUUCACAUGAAUUCAAGUAUUUUCUAAAAUUCUUUAUGAAUGAUUAUUAUACAAUUUCUUAAAUCUAUCUGCUGCCUUUAAACAUCCCUUUAAUUUCAUUUGGCUGUAUCCUAUAGGUUUCUGUAGUGAUUAUGGAUUUAUUUUUGGAAAAUGGGAUCUGAUAUUGCAUGAAGUCCAACCUGUAUAUUUGAAAUGUGAAUUACUGUAUAACUGUACACUAUCAUUGAGCAAAUCUAGAACAGACUAUGUGAAUAUCCAAGGGUGCAGUCAGUUAAGAAACACGGAAUAUUCCAGUUAUGGAAAAUGCAUGAAUAUGAUUUAUCUUACAUUUUCUUGUUGUUGUUUUUUUUGGGGGGGGGGGUGUAUUCUAAAUUAACUUAUUUAAUUCUAAAGUAGUUUAUUUAUUUUCUUUGCUCCUUUUGAGAGUCUGUCGGGACUCCUUUGAAAUGUUCUUCUGGGCUGUGAAGAUGGUGUCAAUGCACUGGUCUUGGGUUUGAGUUUGUGUAACGGAAUGUGAGGUGAAGUUUGUCUUCAGACUGACAGAGGUGGCAGUGUGGGCUGAAUGCCAGUAGUGACCUAACUAAUCUACUGAAGAUCUCCUCUACUGUGUUUGCCUCCCGCCCACACAGCACUUCAUCACAGUCUACUCUGCUGCAUGGUGAUCAAGGAGUUAAGGUUCCCAACUACUGUAGCUAUAUCCAGUUAACAUUCUGCUUUGGUAUUUUCUGCUUUCUCAUCGACAUUAAGUAAGCGUUGUGGGUCAUUUAUUUAUAUUUUUAUUUUACACUUGUUUCUAACUGUGCGGCCAAUGAGAAGGUUUCUCACUGAUCUAUGAGAGAGAUGCUCACCUGCUCAUACAUGAGUACUCCUGAAGGUUCUUUGUUUCAACAGUAAAGCCUGAGUACUCCUGAAGGUUCUUUCUGUUUCAACAGUAAAGCCGGAGUACUCCUGAAGGUUCUUUGUUUCAAUAGUAAAGCCUGAGUACUCCUGAAGGUUCUUUCUGUUUCAACAGUAAAGCCGGAGUUCUCCUGAAGGUUCUUUCUGUUUCAACAGUAAAGCCUGAGUACUCCUGAAGGUUCUUUCUGUUUCAACAGUAAAGCCGGAGUACUCCUGAAGGUUCUUUCUGUUUCAACAGUAAAGCCGGAGUUCUCCUGAAGGUUCUUUCUGUUUCAACAGUAAAGCCGGAGUACUCCUGAAGGUUCUUUCUGUUUCAACAGUAAAGCCGGAGUACUCCUGAAGGUUCUUUCUGUUUCAACAGUAAAGCCGGAGUACUCCUGAAGGUUCUUUCUGUUUCAACAGUAAAGCCUGAGUACUCCUGAAGGUUCUUUCUAUUUCAACAGUAAAGCCUGAGUACUCCUGAAGGUUAUUUAUGUUUCAACAGUAAAGCCUGAGUACUCCUGAAAGUUAUUUCUGUUUCAACAGUAAAGCCUGAGUACUCCUGAAGGUUCUUUCUGUUUCAACAGUAAAGCCUGAGUACUCCUGAAGGUUCUUUCUGUUUCAACAGUAAAGCCUGAGUACUCCUGAAGGUUCUUUCUGUUUCAACAGUAAAGCCUGAGUACUCCUGAAAGUUCUUUCUGUUUCAACAGUAAAGCCUGAGUACUCCUGAAAGUUCUUUCUGUUUCAACAGUAAAGCCUGAGUACUCCUGAAGGUUCUUUCUGUUUCAACAGUAAAGCCUGAGUACUCCUGAAGGUUCUUUCUGUUUCAACAGUAAAGCCUGAGUACUCCUGAAGGUUCUUUCUGUUUCAACAGUAAAGCCGGAGUACUCCUGAAGGUUCUUUCUGUUUCAACAGUAAAGCCGGAGUACUCCUGAAGGUUCUUUCUGUUUCAACAGUAAAGCCGGAGUUCUCCUGAAGGUUCUUUCUGUUUCAACAGUAAAGCCGGAGUACUCCUGAAGGUUCUUUCUGUUUCAACAGUAAAGCCGGAGUACUCCUGAAGGUUCUUUCUGUUUCAACAGUAAAGCCGGAGUUCUCCUGAAGGUUCUUUCUGUUUUAAAUGGUAAAAGCUGAAGAAUCAGAGAGCAGCACUAUACGAUCCUAAUUUGAAUGUCUGCGUGUAUCUGUUUGAGUGCUCCUAUGUACGUACUGUAUGUAUGUACAUGUGCGUGUUUUGUACUGAAAGCGUAAUCCUUACUUUUGAAGGGGGAGAAUUGGCAUGCUUGAGUGCACCAUUAAAGCUUAUUUAACUGAGAUGUAUUGCUGAAAAUCUGCCUUUAUGAAAAUUACAGUUAUAAAUGAUAGAUUCACGAAAUCAUGGAUACUAUUACAUUCAAGAGGAGAUGUAUUUAAUCGUGAAAUGAUUGAGUUAACCUUAAUAUUAUAAUAUCUCAUUUUCAUUUGAACUGUUCUUUAUUUCAAUAUUUUAUUUAGGAUUUUUCACAUUUUUAGGAAUGUGAACAUUCUGAGAAAAAAAUCUGCACUCAAAAAAUGUUUGUGCACAAAAAUCAUGGAAUCAAUCAAUCGAACAAAAGCAAAAGUUGAACUCUACACAAACUCCGUUGUUAUUAGUAUGGUUAUGAAUGUAUGCACAUUGGCAUGUCUGGCAUGUCCACACUGGUCCGGGGGUUUGGUUUGCUCUUCAGUGGACGUGGUGGUGGCAGCAUCAGCUGGUGACAUGGGUGCUCCUUGCCAACUGCACACACUCAUGGCAUUUUGCACAGUGGUAAUUGAUCUCUUUGCAUCCAUGGAAAAUAUAUCAUAUGUGAGUUAGCUCUCUGUUUGAAGACUUAUUUACAAUUAUUGCUGACUUCUUAUUGUACUUGACCGCCUUAAACUACUGUAAACAGCUUGGUUUAUUUUCACGUUAUCACUGGAACACUGAAAGUCUGUGUAACUGGACUGUUUAUUGACCUUUUUGAAAUGGAAAGGAAGCUGUGAAAUGAUCCAAUAAGCAUCUCCGUUUACAUCAAUCCAACUUUGGUUACUUGAAAACAGGAAAGGGCCAAUGGGGGAAAAAACAUUCAAAUGUAGACGACAAUGAAGAGAGGGGAGGGGGGAAAUAGAAAGAAAUUGGUUGAAAAGGACAAUCACUGUCUGAAAAAUAAGCAGAUUUUGAUUCAAAUAUAUUUGCUUCCCUGUCAGAUUUGGUUUAGUUGUCUGGAUUUAAGCAUUUAGCUUUGACAAUCAUAGUAUGUUUUGUUUUUUUCUCAAGGGGAGUCAAUUCUAAGGCUGUUUAGUUUUGUACUUUUUUGGUGUGCUGUUGUUGAAAUUUUUAAAUUGUGUGCAAACUGCAAUAAAUUAUAAGAACCUUAAAACUCAA